GCCCGUGAGUGGUGCCCGGCAGGCUCGGAGCCCGCCCUUCCUCGCACCUGCGGCUUCGGGCCCCGCCCCCUCGCUGAGGCGGAGCGCAGGAGGAGCAAGGGGAGGGCGAAGCGAAGGGCCGGAGAGGACACGCCCCAGGCCCGGCCUCCCCUGACUCCCGCCUGGCCGGACUCUAGCGGUCCGGCUUCGGUCUCGUACAGAGCGGCGCCAUGGAGCAGCGGGUGCUGCGGGUGCGGGCGGCCUUCCAGACGGGCCGCUCGCGGCCCCUGACCUUCCGCCUGCAGCAGCUGCGGGCCCUGCAGAGGAUGGUGCAGGAGUGCCAGAAGGAGAUCCUGGCCGCGCUGGCCGACGACCUGCACAAGAGUGAAUUCAACGCGUAUAGUCAAGAAGUUAUCAAUGUCCUCGGGGAACUUGACCAUGUAAUAGAGAAACUUCCCGAGUGGGUUGCUCCAGAGCCGGCUAAGAAAACCAUCCUGACGCUGAUGGAUGAGGCUUAUAUCCACUCAGAGCCCCUUGGAGUGGUCUUGAUUAUUGGGGCUUGGAAUUACCCAUUUGUCCUAAAUAUCCAGCCAUUAGUAGGAGCCAUUGCAGCAGGAAAUGCAGUCAUAGUAAAGCCAUCAGAACUAAGUGAAAGGACAGCCAUGCUCCUGGCCAAGAUCAUCCCUCAGUAUUUGGAUAAGGAGCUAUACUGUGUUAUCAAUGGUGGCAUUGAGGAGACCACUGAACUUCUGAAGCAGAGAUUUGACCAUAUUCUCUACACUGGAAGUACUGGCGUUGGGAAGAUUGUCAUGGAAGCCGCCGCCAAGCAUUUGACCCCUGUGACUCUGGAGCUCGGAGGGAAGAGUCCAUGUUACAUUGAUAAAGACUGUAAUCUUGAUGUGGCUUGCAGACGUAUCACCUGGGGGAAGUAUAUGAAUUGUGGUCAGACCUGCAUUGCUCCAGACUACAUUCUUUGUGAACCAUCUCUCCAGGGUCAGAUUGUGGAGAAGAUAAAGGAAACUGUGAAGGAAUUCUAUGGUGAAGAAAUAAAACAGUCUCCUGAUUAUGAAAGGAUCAUCAACCUUCGUCAUUUUAAAAGGGUGACAAAUUUACUUGAAGGACAAAAGAUAGCUUUUGGAGGGGAGACGGAUGAGGCUACACGAUUCAUAGCCCCGACUGUCCUUACCGAUGUGAACCCCAACUCCAAGGUGAUGCAAGAAGAGAUUUUUGGUCCUGUGCUUCCAAUAAUGCCUGUGAAAAAUGCAGACGAAGCAAUACAGUUCAUAAACCAGAGGGAGAAACCCCUGGCCCUGUAUGUGUUUUCUAAUAAUAAUAAGCUGAUUAAAAGGAUGAUAGAGGAAACCUCCAGUGGUGGGGUUACUGGCAAUGAUGUCAUCAUGCAUUUCACUCUCAACUCUUUGCCCUUUGGAGGAGUUGGUAAUAGUGGGAUGGGUGCAUACCAUGGAAAACACAGUUUUGACACCUUCUCCCAUCACCGAUCAUGCCUAAUAAAGAGUUUAAGGAUGGAGGGCGCCAAUAAGCUCCGAUACCCACCAAAUAGCCAGUCCAAGGUAGACUGGGCAAACUUCUUCCUCCUGAAACGCUUCAACAGAGGCAAGAUCGGGAUCUUCUUACUGGCUUUCCUGGGUAUCCUCGUAGCUGUAACUAUGAAAAAAUACCAAGCUGUGCUGAGGAGAAAGGCCCUGUUGGUUUUUCUGGUAAUUCAAAGACUUCAUUGGUCCAAUAAACAGUGAGGAACAGCGGAUUGCCAAAGGCAGCACUGUCUGUGAAAGUGAGCUUCAAUCCUUCUAAAGAUGGCUCAAGUUCAACUUGCAAGUUGUCUUUAUUGGAUUUCUACUCUUGUUAACUGAUUAUGAACGAAUUGAUUUCUGUUUAUAUAAAAGUGCAAAGAUUAACCUUAAAGCAGACUGCUAUUUACUCUUCUAAAAUUAACCUGCCAUUUCAAUCACAUCUCUAAACUCUUCUAGCACCAGAGCCCGUGAGAUGAAUGUUGCAGACUGAGCUUGUUAUAGAUUGAGAUUGUGAAAGAAUUGAGGAGAAAAAAGGGAUGCUCUAAACUCUGGUUCCCAGCUUCAUUCCCCUUCAGCCUUGAAACCACUCCCAGGCUCUUUUGGAACAUAGGAGGGGCAGGAUGUGGGCAGGGUUUUUGAAAGAGUUCCUGGGUCGAGAGUCCUUCAUGGCCCUCUGGUAUGGGCAAGGAAGCUGGUCUUCCUCAGUACAGCUCAGAGGAGAAGUAGUCUUAGAUCCAUGCUUUCUGAUUCCAUGUGACGCCAAGUCAGAGGAAGGGCAGAAUCCCCCCAUUUGCCACACUCAGGUUUUGAGGGGCUGAGAAAGGCAGCCAUUAGAGGGGUGCAGUGGGGUGCAGGAAGCUUUUAGACUUGGCCAUAAUUAAAGAAUCUGGUCACUCUCCUGUUGGCGAACACAGGUUUCCUGUAUAAAGAAACAAGUAGGUUUAUUUCACAAUCAAGGUCUUCACAGAGGACAGUUAUUCAUGGUUGUCUCCCGUCAUGUUUUGUGUUUGACUUGGGAGCAGGCUGUGCCAUAGCUAACUCCAGGCCUGUGGCAGCUCAAUUCAUAUGUCUUCCUUGAGGCUGCCAGCUCCUAGAGGUCCAGAGGGACCACUGCCAUCAGCUGAGGGCAGUUUUUACAUAUCAAUCCUGUCAUUUUGGAGUCAUCAGUUGAGCUGCUUUUUAUUAAAAAGCCUCCUUCCCCCCAAAAAAAAUUUAAAAAGAAAAAACCUUUUCACUCAGAUUCAGAUCCCCAAAGCUGGUAUUUGUGAACAGAGGUUUGUUUGCCACAAGGACAUACUGAAACAAAUUUAGUCUCUAUUUUCAAAUUAUGUAUGCCAAAAUGCAAGCGACUUGUGCUUUAUAAGAUAUCUUAAAGCCAAAUUUCCAUCUUUCCAAAUAAGUUUAAAAUAUAGAUUUUGUAAUUUGAGUAAAGUCGGCCCCCAAAUCUUUUUACUGAAAUGGAUGCCUUAAACAGAAGAAAUGUUCAAGCUAAAGAAGUGUAGUAGGUAACGGCCCCAAUCAGAGAUGUGUUUGUGUUGUAGUCUCCCCACCGUACUUUGCACUAUCAAGUACCAGCCUGAUCAAAAUGGGGAAGAGAGUUUCAGCAGCCAGGAGGAGACAUCUGACCCCCCAGGUAUGAGGGAAGGUGUGUGUGGCCAGGAGAUGACGGAGACCUAAGGGUCAACAAGAGUAAUAGGGAGAAAAAAAAGAAUCACUAGACUGAUUAUACCUACCAAUGUGCCCUCAGGGGGUCUGGGCACUCAGUGGUCCCGAGACUGCCCACGUUCCAACUUACGCAGGUGGGAUCUGGUAACUCGAGAUCCCAUGGCACCAGCCACUAAGCCCUUUAUAUGCUUAAAAAAAAUUUCAACUGAAUGGAUUGAAUGUUUCUCCAUUGAAUACGUUUUCAGAUUUCAGAUAUUAAAUCAAUAGUGGUCUCAGGGAAGAAAUGAAAUUUCCUUUAGAGGCUUACUGAAUCUCUUCAGGUGUAGAUAGAAUCUACUGGUAAAUCUUCGUGUACAAGCCAUCGUUAGCUUACUUUUAACUGUGCAAUUGGUUAACUAAAUGGGAACUUUUAAUCAAUUACCUUACAAAUUUGGACAUGGAUUUUAAAACUUGUUUUGACUUAGCAUAUCAAAAUUAUGUAUCACAUUUGCCUUUUUUGGUAACAUUAAACAGCUGCAUGGCUACUAAUUAAAAAUCUUUAUUAUGAUUAAUAAAAUUGAGCUGAGUUUUAAAUAGUU